CUCUCCCAUGCUUUCCCCUCAUCACUACGUUCCCAUCUUCAGCUCGAGUUUUUCAGACGUGAAGCCAUGGAUGGUAGGCGCACGGCGAAUGAAGUGUCAGAGGAUGAAACAGGCGCUAUGUCGAGGGUCAUGGUGAUAUGUCCCAUCAACAUCUACUGCCGCCGACGCAGAGACUAACACCGUGAUCUUCCAGAACGCGAUGGCAGAAACACUGCGUCCACUGUUGUCAAAGCAAGCCCAAAAAGCUUAUCUGGGCACUCUGCUCUUCAUUUUUACGGCGAUAUGCAUGGUUUUCAUUUCGUCGGGCGCUUAUGCGGUCUUCUAUUACAAAUUUAUCCCGCAGGUCGGACUAGAGCGUAUCGUACACUUGCAGUUCGGUGAUGGUCAUCCCUGGGGAGCCGCCUCCCUAGACUCGGGUCUGAUAUCCCUGCAGAAGUACGAUGUGCAGGUGGAACUUGAAUUACCACGGACCCCUUCAAAUGUCGCUGCCGGGAACUUCAUGCUGGAUCUGUCGCUCUAUUCUUCUCCAUCAACGUCCGCAGAAACUGGGCUGAAUACCUCAACUUCCCUCCUCUCCCAAUCGCGCCGCCCAGCUAUCCUUACUUACGCUUCGCCUUUGGUCGACACGGCAAGCAAACUGGUGCUAAUGCCGUUCUAUGUCUCCGGGUGGAAUCGGGAAGCAGAAAAACUGCAGGUCAACAUGUUUGAGAAAGUUCAAUUUCCCCGUGGGCGACGUAAUGUCCCGUCAAGCUUGCGGCUAGAGAUUCACAGUGCGGAGAAAAUGCAAGUUUACAGAGCUAGGGUGAUGUUCAAGGCGACAUUCACCGGGUUACGGUGGACCAUGUACAAUUGGAGGCUCACAUCCUUCGUCAUCUUCGGCUUCAUGUUCUGGAGCGUUUCGAUGGUGACUGGGGGCAUGGUGUGGGCUGCACUGGCCAUUCUUUUCCACCGCUCCAACGGAGAAGAGAAAGAUAUUGUCAAGACCGAAAAUGACAGCGAAACAAUUGUCAAGUCCGAAGAUACUGACGAACUGUCCUCUCCGUUCGACAUCCCUUCUGAUCCGGCUUACACCAGAAGGUUGAAGAUAAAGAGAGAGAUAGAUAUGGAGGAAGAAGGUGAUUAUAUGAACGAGGAUACCGAUGAGGAUCGUGGUGCAGGACCAUCGGAUGUUUCAAGGACUGGAUCUGGAUCUGGACUCGAAAGUGCUCCUGCACGUGGGGUCCAACGACGACGCAGUCACAUUUUCCGUGAACACACCUAGCGGGGAUGAUAUUCAGAGGUUGUGUAAUUCAUAGUCGAUACCCAACUAUGUAGUAGUACUCAUUCUUAACUCGAC